CAACAUUUCAAAUUAAAAAUACCACGAUGAAGAUUUGCUUUAAUUUUAGCGUAAUUAUAAUAUUAUGAUAUCAGGAACUGUGUUGUGAAUCCCGUAGGAACUGAUAAAUAUUGUGUAAAUAAAAAAUGGAGGUAGAACAUAGUCAAAAUUCGAAGAAUACCGGCACAAGAGAAGGGCCAGGUCAAAAGUCAAUAAAACUUGACCUAUGCAGAAAACAAUUAAAUAGAUUGCCUGAAAACUUAUCUCUGCAAUUGAGUCUUACGGAGUUAUAUCUCAGUCAUAAUAGAUUAUGUGAAGUAUCGCAUGUGCUUCUUACACUUAAGAAUAUAAAAACAUUGGACCUUUCCUACAAUGAGCUGCAGUAUUUUGAUGACACACCAAGUUUUUGUUCACAAAUCCAAUCUUUGAACCUAUCUAACAACAAAUUGAAAAGCCCGCCUUACUGGGUGUGGACAGAAUCACCAAACAAUUUAGAGUUUUUAGAUUUAAGUUACAACCCAUGCCUCACUCACUCAUUCCAAGAUGGUUACUUUGAGGAGCUACUACAGUAUGAAUGUCUAGUCACGCAUGUUAAGAUAAAUAACUGUUACAUAGUCAAUCACUUAGAAUUAUUAGGAACAUUUGUAAUGAUAAAAGAACUAGACAUUGGCACGGAAGAGCUUACAAACUUGAAAUUUGCCAACAUCGUUCCUGAGAUACCAUACAGAAAAUUAGAGAAAUGCAGCUCAAUUGAAAGGCUAAAUGCAAGCAAUACUGAUGUUUUUCUUGUCAACCCAAGUAUAAGUCUAUUCAAAAACCUCUAUGAACUCAAUCUGACGCAGAACAGGUUAUGUGGAUUACCAAACGAGUUUUGUGAGUUGCUAAACCUAGAAGUUGUCCUGCUAUCCUAUAACAAUAUCAUGUAUCUACCAGAUAAGUUUGAUAAAUUAAAUAAAUUAAGAAUACUAUGCAUAGAUGGUAAUGAAAUGUGUAUGCUUCCAAAUAUGGCAAAUUUUCCUCAGCUUGUUAAACUUGAUUUGUAUGACAAUAAACUAUAUGAUGUACCUGAUAGCAUUGAGAAUAUUCUAGAAAUUGAUUUAGCACAGAACUAUUUUAAUGAGCCUUCAGAAGAUCAAUAUAUAAGUAGAAGAAACAAAUUGAGAAUUAAUAAAGAAAAUAGAUUUGAUGGAAGGAAAGAAGAAAUAGAAAGAAGUGACACACCUAAAUCUAGAGAAAGUGAAGAAGAAUUCAGUAAUGCAGAUAAUGAAUGUAUAGAAGAAUAUAACAGAAAUUCAGAAUCAUCUGAAGAAGACUGGGAUUCAGAUGAAUACUGGGUGCCGCACUAUAUCAACCACCUGGGUGCACCACAGUCACCCUGGUUAUCUUUUGUGUAUCAUAAAAUGGCUGGAGGCAGCUUUUGUCCCAUGGACGUCCACCCUGUGUCUAUAUUUGAGAAGGUGAAGUACGAAAAGUUGUGUUACCCACAAGUAGAAAAAGAGGUUGAAGGACAAUUUGAUGAUUACUCUAGUGAUGAAUCGUGAUUACUACUCAUAAAUCAUGGUAAAAGAUGCUCUUUUCUUUAUUAUUUAUGUUACUUGUGUAUUACUAAAGCCUUUCUAAUUAACCCAUCAUUCCCCAAGUGCCAGACGGCUGCCGCAUAACAAUUGAAAAUCUAUUGUGUCUGCGAUACCCACGAUGGAGGUGCGACAGAAGGUAAUAAUUCAAUUGAAUAAAACACGUACAGAUGUACAAAUUUAACAAAGAUUUUUUUAAAUUUUAAUGUUGUGCAAAACAAAAUCAAAAUACUGCAUGCUAAAUUUAAUAUUUGUGAGGGUUAGGUUUGCUUUUCUUUUCUCUUCUUGUUUCAUUUCAAAAUUUUAGAAAAGCCAAUAAUAAAAUAGAAAUAUUUUUAUUAUUUUAUUGUAUUUUUAUUUCGUUAAAAGCCAUUAAAGAUUAAUAAUUGGGGGUGUCUGAAGUAGAAAUACUGUGUUUAAUUUAAAAAAUAACAUUUUAUAUAGUUGCAAUGGUGACAUUCUUUCUUAUUUUCAUGGCUUGUUUUGCUCAGUAGUCCAGUGGUUUAGAGCGUGGUUCUUGACUCGGAGGCCAUGGAUUCGAUUUCCGCGUUGCAAACAUGAAUUUCCAUGUUUGGUGUGGACAAUAUUAUUAAUAUACACCUGAUUGUCUGACAAAUUAGGUGAUUC